AUGGAAUAUCAAGCGCUUCGAAGACUGGUGUUGUAUUACCCCAAGGUCGUCCGACAUAGUAAUCUUAGGCAUAAUAUGACCACAGUGACCUGUAGGCAUAUGUCAGGCAAGGGUGGAGGAAGAGAUGAGAAAGGCGAUUGUAAUGAAGAAAAGGAUUCCUCUAAAGAGUUGGGGAGGGUGCCGUCGAAAAUGAAACGAGCAUAUGAUGGUGAGACAGUUGUUAAAGAGGGUGAUUCGCGUGCUAGCUCGGUGCUGCAGCAGAGAAAGCAGCCCGCAGAUAUCACAUGUAAUAGCAGGUCGAGAAUAUCCGGCUCUAAUUUACAUUUGUUGGUCCCUAAAGUUGCCUCUACAGACUGUAUCCCGAAUAAAGAGGUGCAUACAGAGGGCCUGUUUGCCGGCUAUCGACCUUUAUUUUUAGGAAACUCAAGUUUCCCUUCUGAUGCGAGGAAGGGUAAAAACUUUCAUGAAUUAGACGACGUUCUUCCCAAUAUACAGGUGGUGGAUGCUUCUGAGAAGGAUGGCAAACUUAACGUGCAGGAGAUUAUUGAGGACUUACAAAGGACAAGUUUGAGAGAAAGCAUUAAUAGUAUGGAACAGUUACCAUCCUCACACAAACGUAAACCCGUUAUACCGUGGGACGCCUCUAUAAGUGGUAUGGUCUAUAACGACAUGCCCUUCAAAUAUGUGCCCAAAAACAUUGUUUUGAAAAUGAAGCCAUUUAAACUUUUGCGUAUUGAGAGAAAAGCUCAAGCAAAGAAUGCAAGAAAGCCCGCCAUGAUAAAACUUCAGUUUCACAAUGGAAAAAUCAAUGACACGCCAGAGUUGGUGAAUUUAUACCAGAAUAAAUCCCGUUUGCAUCAGUCACUUUACAACUCGAGAAGCGCUCAAGUCUCCAGAUAUUCAAGCACAAAUAUAAGUAAAAGACAAAAAAUGUUAAAGGCAAGAAGCGAUUUUGAACACAAGCUGAAAAAUUAUGCAUACAAACACACAUUUAUUAAAAAUGACCAGGAGCUAUUCCGCAACGAAUUGACCAAGUUAAAUAAGAUACUUGCUAGAGAAUUCAAAAAGUUGACGAAGUUAUCCAUACAUAACGAAUUCAAAAGAGAACAUUUACCCCUGGCCGUUUAUGUAAGCAAAUCAAAAGGCACAAAGAAACUAUUUCGAAGAUCGUUGAAGAUGAAGAUAAUGGACCACAUAUACCCAGUUUAUACCACUAUAUUGUCCACUUUAACAAAUCCGAAGGACUCCAAGAAAUUUGAAAACAAAAUCAAAGGGUAUAUUGAAAAAAUCAUAGCCCGGUUAUCAGAUGAAGUGCCAUCCACAUUUUUUUUCCAAGAUGGAGUAGAUUGUAUUAUUCAACCAAGCCCGAUUCAUAAUUUUAAGAGAAUGCAUUGGUUAAGGUACACUAAGAGGCACAAUACCUUCUGGGGCAGGACUAUAAAUAAGGACGUUCAAGUCAGCUUUAAUGACAAGUAUGUCGUUACUAGGAGCGGUGUGAGGUAUACAAGGUACCCUACCAAUUUGAAUACACAGCUAUUGGAAACUGCAUUUGAAGAAUGGGACUACUAUGAAUAA